UUAACAAAUAUGGAACCACGUCUCAAACAGCUCGAUUUAUUUUGGGCAACAGGUAGGAAAAACCCAAGGGUAUUACUCGAUGAAUAUGAUACUUCUACGAGUUUUCGAAUUAUUUAUAAUGCUUGGGCUGCUAUCAUCUUCACUAGCUAAUGACGAUGAUUUUGAAGAUGAUGAGCGAGAAGUGUUAUGCAGCGAUAUAAUAUGCGAUGAUUACGAAUGCCCGGAGACAGACGAUUGCGAUUAUGGACUGGCUCCGGAUGUUUGCGGAUGUUGUUACACCUGUGCUAAAGGACCGGGCGAUAGCUGUGGUGGAAUGUACGAUUUAGCAGGACGGUGCACUAAAGGUUAUUAUUGCCAACCGCAUCCGAAAUAUCCACAACUUCCGGGAAUAUGUGUUAACGUAUUUUGAAGAUCAAUGUAAGGCUAAUGAUAUCUGGAAUCCUACGGGGCUAGAGUUGUACCACAUUCGUUGUGUUCAACACAUAAGUUCCGAAAAGAUGCUCUAGCUAUGAAACUUUUUAAUCUUUUGGGAAACUGUUUCCGUUUUUAUCGAGUAGAAGUCUGGCUAGACUUCAAGAAAAGUUGAAGAUCGCCAUUUUUUAACUGGUCAGGUUCAACUGCCACAUUGCAAAAUCCUGAAAAGCAUUCCAUAAUCUACAGACCCUUGCUUAAAUAUUAGCAGGACUAUAACGCAGCAUCAAAAGAGUUUUCUAUAACAUCUAUUAAACGUAUUCAGCUUUACUCAGUAAUAAACUUCAAACACUAUAAAGAGCGUUUUGUUGCGAUCUGCAAACUCUUUUUCAGCUAUUGUUAAUAUCUCGCUGCAAGUAACAGUAUUUCUGUAACGUUCUACGAGAAGUUAUUCACUUAUCACCAAUAUCACAUCGCAUUAAAUCUGAAAAGUAUUUCAUGCAGAAUCUGAAGAAUGUCUUACACCAUUUGAAAAUUUCUGCUUCAGUUAUCGCCAAUACGAGGCUACAAGUAUAAAUAAUUCGCUUUGGCUUUAUACAAAUUAUAACUGAACUACCACCUGCACCACGCUCAAGAUCUAAAGAUAUUCUGUUAUAUUCCACCAGUACUAAAUUAGAAAAUUUUAAAAGUAUUCUGAUGCAUUCUAGAAGUCUUUUUUUCACAUGCUUCCAUUAGUUUCACUAUGAAGAUCUGAAAAGUGAGAAAGUAUUCUCCAACAUUCAACAACAGGAAUAUACGUUUCUGUCAAAUUUUAUGAGCUAUAUGUGAAAAUAUUUUGCUAAUUCAAUUAAAUAUAGAAAUAUGUAUAAAAUUAAUUCAUGAAAUAUAAGCAUUUGAAAACUGA